AUGGCGAAGGUGUUCAGUUACGACGAGGUGUCCAAGCACAACACCCCCGAGAGCUGUUGGGUGGUUCUGUACGGCCAUGUUUACGACGUCACCUCUUUCCUCGGGGAGCACCCUGGCGGCUCGAAGAUCAUCCUGCAACUUGCCGGCACCGACGCAACCGAAGAGUACGACCCGAUCCACCCUCCAGGCAUCCUCGACGAGAGCCUCCCCGCCGAAGCCAAGCUAGGCAAAUUCGACGAAUCGACCCUGCCCAAGACCGAGACCGCACCAGCCGCCGAACAACAAGCAGCCAAGGCCGCAGCCGUAGGCGGCGACCCGGCGUCGACGGAGCCCGAGGGCCCACCAGACCUGGAGUCGCUGCUCAACCUGGACGACAUCGAGGCGGCGGCGACGAAGCAGAUCAGCGCCAAGGGCUGGGCCUACUACUACUCGGCCAGCGACGACCUGGCGUCCAAGACGCACAACAACACCGUCUACCGCCAGAUCCUCAUGCGGCCGCGCAUCUUCGUCGACUGCACCCCCUGCGACACGUCGACGACGCUGCUGCACGGCACCCACAAGGUCGGCAUCCCGCUGUACGUCUCCCCCGCCGCCAUGGCGCGCCUCGCCCACCCGGACGGCGAGCGGGGCAUCGCCCAGGCCUGCGCCCGCUUCGGCGCCCUGCAGCUCGUGUCCAACAACGCGUCCAUGACGCCGGAGCAGAUCGUGGCCGACGCCCCGCCCGACCAGGCCUUCGGCUGGCAGCUGUACGUGCAGACGGAGCGCAAGAAGAGCGAGGCCAUGCUCGCCCGCAUCGCGAAGCUGCCGCAGUACAAGUUCGUCUGCCUCACGCUCGACGCGCCCGUCCCGGGCAAGCGCGAGCAGGACGAGCGCAGCAAAAACGUCGGCGCCAACCUGCCCGUGCGGUCGUCGGUCCAGCAAGGCUCCGCCAGCACCCCGGCGCCACAAAAAAAGAAGGAAGAGAGCGGCGGCAUCGGCAAGUCCCUCUUCCAGGGCACCGCCGCCGACCUCACGUGGAAGACGACGCUGCCGUGGCUCGCGCAGCACACGAAACUCCCGCUCGUCCUCAAGGGCAUCCAGACGCACGAGGACGCGUACCUGGCGGCGCUGCACGCGCCGCAGGUCAAGGCCAUCAUCCUGUCCAACCACGGCGGCCGCGCCAUGGACACGGCCCCGCCCCCCGUGCACACGCUGCUCGAGAUCCGCAAGUACUGCCCCGAGGUCUUCGACAAGGUCGAGGUGUGGGUCGACGGCGGCAUCAAGCGCGGCACCGACGUCGUGAAGGCGUUGUGUCUGGGCGCGAAGGCCGUGGGCGUCGGGCGUGCGGCCCUGUACGGGCUCGGCGCCGGCGGCACCGAGGGCGUCGCGAGGAUGUUGGAGAUCCUGAAGGCGGAGACGGAGACGGCGAUGAGAUUACUUGGUGUGGAGAAGGUGGAGGAUCUGGGGAUGCAGCAUAUCAAUGUGCGCGCUGUGGAGCGCGAUAUCUACGACGGUCCGUCAAAUCUGGCCAAACCGGCAUUGUGGGAGAAGGUCAAGGCAAGGUUGUAG